AUGAGCACCCCGCUAGAAACCUACAAGUUCUGCAUAAUCGUGGGUGCCGGUGUAGGAGGACUGAUGCAGGCUGCAGAGCUGGUACGGAAGAAGGUUCUAUCUAUACACGAUCUGCAAAUCUUCGAACGGGACAGCGACUACGGUGGAGUUUGGAAGGCGGCUACUUAUCCCGGAGCGGCCUGCGACGUAUUCAGUUGCACGUACCAGAUUAGUUGGCAUCGAAACCCAGGCGCAGAGCUCGUCCAAUAUUACAGACAAUUUGCGGAGCACUAUGGACUCCCCCAGUGCACGACCUUUGGCCAAAACGUUGUACAAGCCACAUGGUCCGCGGAGAAGUCUUUGUGGAUAGUAGAUCUGGAGGAUGUUCACUCCGGAAGUCGAACAUGUUGGACUUGCCGUGUGUUGAUCCAAGCGGCCGGCACCUACAAUCGCAAAUCCAUUCCGGAAUACCCUGGCAUGCAUUUGUUCAGAGGAGAGAUGUGGCAUGCGUCUGACUGGCCAGAGAACUACGAUUUCGCGGGGAAGAGUGUGGCAUAUGUGGGCACCGGACCAACAUCCGUCCAGGUCCUUCCUUACAUCCAAGCCCAGGCGAAAGAUGUCAACGUGUUCUGCAGAAGUAUGACUUACUGUCAUCCAUUCACAAACAUUAAGUACCCAGGCUGGGUAAAAUGGGCGUUCCGGUGGAUCCCUGGCCUGCUUGCUCUGUACGCCCUCAUUGUCGCAUCGCUCUUUGCCCUUUGGGCCUACUUCGCCUUUAGACCUGAAACCUGGCUUGCAAGAUACACGGAGCGUUAUUGUCGCAGGACUUUGGAGAAACGAGUCCCUGAUCUGGCUCUCCGGGAAAAGUUGAACCCUAUCGGUCGAUUUGGGUCAAAAAGACCACUGGUCUCUCUCUCGGGAUUCUUUGAGAUUCUCCAGAAGGAGAAUGUCAAUGUGAUCAGCAAUCCAAUCAUAGCCGUGGACGAAACUGGCAUCAUCACAGAAGCACCCUCGACGAACGAUGCGAUAAUUCAGAUGGAUGACGUAGAAAUCAGUGUUUCAAGCGCCUCCACAGACAGGCCAAAAGUUGGAGGCACACAUAUAAAGGCAGAUGUUCUCAUCUGGGGCACCGGGUUCCAAAUGCAGGGAUGGGGUGGAGCGGUGCCCACUGUAGGCUACGAAGGCAAACUGCUUAGCGAACACUGGAAGGAUUACCCGAAGACGCUCUUUGGCACUAUGACAUCACAUUUCCCCAACCUCAUUCUGGUCAACGGUCCGAAUACAACGACUCCUUGGGGCAGCCUGAUACGGAGCCUCGAACAUCAGACAAGCUUCAACCUCAAAGUUAUCAGCCACAUUCAUGAACGCUCGGCAGACGAUCCCAGCUACGCUAUAGAGCCUCAACCAGAGAAAGAGUCUGCUUGGACGGAGUCGAUGCAGCCAGAACUCGACAAGCUAGCCACCAGCCCUAAAUAUGGACCCGGAUUCUACUAUCUCAAUUCUAAAGGCCAGAACACGUUCUUCUGGCCAUGGCCGCAGCGAUAUUACUGGUGGAAGACAAGAAGAUUAAACCUCAGAGAUUAUGUUGAGAGAUUUGGCAUCCACAAAGAACACUGA